CUGGGGCGGACGGCGCCAGAGUGUUGUCUGGGAGACGGGUGUAGACGGACGGGUGCUGUGUGUCCCUGUGUGCUGCUAAGACAAGAUGAUGAGGGUUCUGUCUCACAGCCUCCUCUGUCGUGUGGGCAAUCAUUUCACCAGGAGAGCUGUGAUUGCUGGCAGUGUUCGGGGACAGCAUACAGCAUCUAAAGAUGACUCCAGCAACUCCUUCAUUCCCAAUGAACCCUCAAGCCCCAAAGUUGUCACGAAGACUAUUCCAGGACCUAUCUCAAACCAGAAGCUUCAGGAACUCUCACAGAUCCAGGAGUCGGGUGCUGUACAACUGUUCGUGGACUAUGAGCGAAGUUUGGGAAACUACUUGAUGGACAUCGAUGGAAACAUUCUACUUGACGUCUACACCCAAAUCUCUUCAAUCCCUCUUGGUUACAGCCAUCCAGAUCUUCUUAAGAUUUUAAAUGACCCCAGCAACAUUAAAUUAUUCAUUAACCGGCCAGCUUUGGGGGUAUUCCCAGGAGCAGACUGGGUAGAUCGGCUGAAAAACUCCCUCCUCAAAAUAGCACCAAAGGGCCUGAAUCAACUGUACACAAUGUCCUGUGGUUCCUGUAGUAAUGAGAAUGCUUUCAAGGCUAUAUGCAUAUGGUAUCGCGCCAAGGAACGUGGUGAGAAUGUUGCCUUCACCCAGGAAGAAUUGGACAGCUGUAUGAUGAAUCAGCCACCUGGAUGUCCCACUUACUCAUUGCUUUCUUUUAAAGGUGCCUUUCAUGGGAGAACAAUGGGAUGUCUGGCCACUACCCACUCCAAAGAAAUUCACAAGUUGGAUAUUCCGUCCAUGGACUGGCCAGUUGCAACGUUCCCUCGAUACAAGUACCCCCUUGAGGAACAUGUUCGGGAAAACCAAGAGGAGGAUAAGAAGUGCCUGGAAGAAGUUGAAGAUCUUAUCCACAAAUUCAACAGCCGGGGAAAGCCAGUGGCAGGCAUUGUGAUCGAGCCUAUCCAGGCAGAGGGUGGGGAUAAUCAUGCCUCGCCACAGUUCUUCCAAGAACUGCAACAAAUAGGAAAAAGGACUGGUGCAGCGCUGCUUAUUGAUGAGGUUCAAACUGGAUGUGGUCCAACAGGCAAAUUCUGGUGUCAUGAACACUUUGACUUGCCAGAAGCUCCAGAUGUUGUCACAUUCAGCAAGAAGAUGUUGACAGGGGGAUUUUUCUGUAAGAAAGAAUUCAGGCCACUCGUACCAUAUCGCAUCUUCAAUACCUGGAUGGGUGAUUCUUCCAAGGUCAUCACAUUAGAAGAAGUAAUUCGGGUUAUCAACCGUGACAGACUUCUGGAAAACGUUGAAAAGACUGGCAAAAUUCUUCUGAAGGGAAUACAAGAACUGGAACAGCAAUUUCCUCAACACAUAAAUGCAGCUCGUGGACGAGGAACUUUCCUUGCUUUUGAUGGGACGAAUGCUAAUAAACGUGAUGCUAUUAUUGGUAAACUGAGGAUGCUGGGUAUCCAUGCUGGAGGCUCCGGUGUAAAGAGUGUACGUAUGCGUCCUGCCCUUAUCUUUCAACCUCAUCAUGCUCACAUCUUCCUCGACAGGCUGAAGACUGUGCUCUCUGGGAUGUAAACACACUCAAAAUGUAGCGUAUUUGAUUAUAAAUAAUAUCAGAGUUAUUUUCUAAAGAAUAUUAAUUUUUAAUUCUUAUUUUUCUAUAUACCGUUUUCAUUAUUAUUUUUAUUGAAUCAAAAAAUGUUGAUAAACACAGGGAAUGAUUCUGCUUAUUAUGAAUGUUGCAUUUCAGCAUUUGAUUAUUUGAGGCAUGUUGGCCAACAGCAUAUUUCGUAAUCUAGCUUAUGUUAUGAAAAUCAUGGUAAGGAUUCAAAUAUUCAAAGUAAAAAUAUUUACCCCUAGCAUUCUGCAGCGUAACUCGUGCUCUAUACAGUGUAACCUCACUCAGACUAAUUUGGACCAAAUCUGUUGUUGUUUCACUAAGGAUUGCUGUCCAUUUAUUUUUCUAUUUAUAGCAAUUAUGCUUUUUUUCUGACUUCAAAGGAUGGAAAAACAUCUUUGCCCAUAUAUAUAGACCCUAUUUAUUAUUUAAAAAACAUUUAAGUACUGUAUGUGGAGGUAAAAUUGCUGAAAAAAUGAGGGGGAGGGUGGGGGGGGGGGUUGGACUAGUUUUCAGCCUGGAGAUGGAGUUACUCAUUGUAACACUCCAUAGGCAUCAUGUAGAUACAGGUCGAGAAUUCUGUUACGAUAGUGUACUGUGCAGUAACUUGCUUACCUCUGCCACCAACUCUGUCUCUUGGAAAUGAACUCCAAAAAUUUGCCAAUACCAAACUGCUCUACAAGCAUCCUCUACCUUCAGUCUUGCUCACACUUCUUAAUCAAUUUUGCCACCCCCCAUUUUACGUACAAAUACUUCCCCUUCACUGUGAUGUUUAGCGGUAAUUGUUGCUAGACAUUUUAUUAUUACUGAAUUGAAAAGGUAUCAAAAGAAAAAUGGGUGAAAAUCCUUGAAUAAUGAAAGUCAUAAAGGGAAGAUUCUAUGGUUGAGAUGCAUACUUAUGAUAAAUCAACGAAGAAAUCAAACUUAUUAAAUAUUUAGUAAAUUUAGGUAAAGAAAAUAAUCCCAACCCCCAAAUGCAGAACAGUAAAAUUUGCAGAAGAAAAAAAAUAACUUUUUACUUAAUCAGAUUGGUCUAUCAUAAUAUAUUUGAGCGAAGUUGCACUGUACAACAAAACCUUAAGGUUAAGUUGGUAUUGGAGAAAAGUAACCAAAGUAACCUUAUACUUAUUAAUACAAUACAGGUAGUGCUAAAUUGUUUUUCUAGUAUAGUUCACCCAAGUUAACUUCUAUAUAAUAAGUAAGCAUUUAAGUCAAUAGUUUGUCAUGACGUGAAAUAUGACAACUAGUUCUCAAAGACUCUUCCCAACUAUUUUUUGUUGUUGAUUACUUGAUGUUUAUGAAAUAAUGAAAAAAAAUUUUUGUUCUGUUUUUGCAUCUUGUGGCAGCCCAACUAUUUCCAGACCUCAGGAAGGCAGUUUCAUAUUUUAUUACUUUCUGGUUUAGAUAGCAAUUAUUAUUUUUUAGGCUUCAUUAUUUAAAUAUAUUUUUAAAUAAUGAUUUAAAUUAUUUUAAAUCAUUGUUUAAAUAAUUUAAACAAGUCAUCAUCAAAUGAAGGUACCAAGGCCUGGAAGACUAUUUAGCACUACCUGCAGUAUACAAGUAAAAAAUGUUCGUGUCAUUUAUGUGAACGAAGUUAAAGAUAUGUCAUUUAUGUGAACGAAGAUGGAUAAGAUGAGCGACAUUAAGAGUAUGUCGCCAAGAAUGGCAGCGAGGGACAAGACUUGAAUAAUUUUUUUUUUUUACAUGCAUUUUAUUAUUGUUGUUAUUAUUAUUAUUAUUAUUAUUAUUAUUAUAUAUACACAUGUUCUUACAUUCUUGUACAACCACUAGCAUGCAUAGCAUUUCGGGCAGGUCCUCAAGUCCUAUGUUCCCCGGAAUAUGAUUCGCCACAUUGCUUAACAUCCAAGUACCCAUGGAUGUUUACUUCUGUUGGGUAAACAGAGGAUUGACGCCCAGUAAAUCCUCCCCGGUCACUUACUAUGCUUUUGCAGAAUGUUACUGAUGUAUAGAAAGAUUUGUAUAUGGAUUAAUAUAAAUUUUUACUGGCGUAUUGACAAUAGAUUACAGUGACAAUAUACAUUAUUUACAAAUUUUAUUAUAUAUGGUGAAUUUUUAGUUCUUUGUAAUAUAUUGAUUAUUUGGCAAAGCAUUCUGAUUUCUUGUUUGUUUUUCACCAGUGUGGAUGGUAAAUAGUACCAGUAUAUGCCUAAGGUUCAGGAACAUCUUUGAUAUCAAAUACAGUACUGUAUUGCAAGAGGUGUUUGUUUUGAGUAUUUUUACUGAUGUAACAUGUAUGCAAUACCCGCUUCCAUUAACAAGAACAGUAUUAAUUGUUGGAUGUGUGUUACUCAGAUGUUUCAUUUAGUAUAAAGAGUUGAGGCUCAUGUGCUUGAAGUCCAGAACAUUAUAAACUAUUUUUUAGUACAUAUUGAAGAUUUGUGGGAAUGGCAAGUCAACAUAUGCAAAUAGUGUUAUCCUAUAGUAGCAUAUUCUACCAGUCGGUCUGCUUCUGUGGAUGGUUUUUGUGUAGCAUUAUAGUGAUUCUGAAUGACAAAGACAAUAAUAAAAGAUGUUGCUUCAAUCCUUGCUAUUUAAUCUCUUGGCAUAUUCAACACUUCUUAAGAGUAACUGUUUAUUUUUUUCAGUUUCUGUGGAGUAUUAAAGAUGUGUGGCAUUUUCUUGGGUGUAACACUUUACUCGUAAUAAGUUUACACCAAGAUUGUAUAGCAACAGGCUUAUUGAAGUGUGUCAAUUCCUACUGUCAAUAUCUAACCUUGCAACAUCUACCAAAUGACCUUACUUGCAGUCCAUUACUUACUGUAAUAAUCUUAGUGUUAAAACUAAUACUGUAGGGGGGGGGGAGGAAGACUGUACAAUUCAAAAUUUAAACACUCAUCUGGCAAUUAUUCUAUAGCACUGUUAAUUUACAUCUGAAAGGUACAAUUCCUACAGCAGGACAUAUUUGGGUUAGCAAGUAAUUAUCAAAUUAAGGCACCAAGCUGGGAAGACUAGCACCAUCUGCAUUGUAGGAUAUUUAAAAGGCAUUCUAUGCAAACUAGAGAAAAAAAAAUGAGCAACAGCAAAGGCAUCCGAUUCACUAUUUAUAUUGAGGAAUAAGUGACUAAGGAACAUUGGGAAAUUGACUUAUGAUAAUUCUAAAAAUCUAGGCAUACUAUGAAGAGGUACAACUAAGGUGUAACAAUCGAAUAAAAACCCUAGGGUUGGUAAGCUUGGAAUGGGAGGCUAGGGCGAGGAUGCAGGGAACAUGGUACAAGUACAGCUCGGUGGCCCAACCAUCAUGGGUUUGACUUGGCAGUGAUACUGUACGGUGUGCUUGUCCAUUUACAUCCAUGGGCAUCGCACAGGGGCUCGGUUCCUAGGUAGUUGGUGGUAGUUAUUGGUGUUGCUUCAAUUUUAGGUCUUCUGACUUCAGAGCUCUUCUUCUGGCAUUUUCCAUCAAGCUUAGGUCGUUCGGUAGUCUUGCUUCUUGUUGAUAUUGCAGUGUUGUCGUUCGAGGUGGUGUCCCAAAGGAAAACUUCAAGUCUGUAGUUGCCCUUCUGUUGAGGGGGGGGAGGGGUAGUUGGCGCUCUGAGACAUCUUCGUCUGACGAAUUGCUUGAAUCAAAAGCAGAUGCAGGAAUGGUGGGUGGAGCUGCAGCAGAUGUCAUCGGAUGUGGAGGCAUCGGUUCCGGGGCUGCUUCCUUCACUAUCACUGUGGGAAUGGACAUUGCAGCAGUGGACAGUAGAUCUGUGAGUGCACCAACAUUCAAUGAUGUCUGGGUCAGAGGCCUGGGUAUAAUUCGUAACUGGUGUAGUGGUGUAGAUUAUCUCAGGUACAGUGAAAGUUGGAAGGCUAUUUGCAGCAUAGAGUAUGUUCAGAAUCCUCACAUAUUCCUGGUAGUUGGGGCCAGCAAUCUUGCCAGCCACAGUGGUUAGAGCAUACACCAUGCUGUGUAGUGAGUUAGGAGCCAGUAUCGACUGGGUCGGUGGUUGUCUGUGAUAGGGUGGUGGCGACGGCUGGGUCAAUGAAUGGCUGGUGGACUGGGAGCUGGGCCCCCAUUAGCUGGGUUGCUGCAUGGUAGCUCAUCCUCUUUCCCGGAGCUCUGGGAAAGUGGCAGCUUAGAUGUUGAAUGACGAUGGUGCUCGGCAAGCUGCGUCAAAUAGUGAAGGAUGCAGGGCGCCUCAAGUCCUUGAUUUUCCGUAUUUCUUCUUGUUGGUGCGGACAGCGAUGGGAGAUUGCCACGUGGUCAUCAUUGCAGACGAGACAGCGUUGGAUUUUGGCCUUGGAAACGGUGUAGUAGUGAUCUUCUGUGCAGAUAAUGCACUUGGUGUUGAAUUACAUGCAUUUCUUGGUAGAAUGAGUAUAUUGGUAGCACUUUAGGCACUGUUGUGGAGUGUAGUAGCGUUCCUUCUUGAUCAUGGCUGGUGAAAUCUUAACUUUGAAGCACUUGAGCCCUUGUGUGGCAGCAAAUCCGCAUGGGCGAUGGUGGAGAAGGUCAGUUUCACAGUCACGCAGUCUCCAAUGGCACAACCAGAGAUUUCAAGAUUAGUUAGUAUCACAGGAAGGUUCUCCUUUUCGAUGAUAUCCACAAUGUCUUUGAGGUUACAAUUGUGACUGAAGGAAGGCCAUGAGGAUAGGUUACAUCUAACCCUUAAAGUGGUUAUCUUCACACACACCCCCAGAGUAAUGUGGUUAUCAUAACUUGAUUUUCCUUCCUGGUCGAACUACUGACCUUCCACAGGAUACAGUCCUGGGGAAGAUUCAGUCCAUUCUUGGGCACCUUUUUGCUGUUAGAUGAACAGGCAGUAGGUGAAAUGCAACUUGCCUGUUUGUCCCACUCAUUAAAAAUUUUUCUUUUAAUUGCAAUUAUCACCAAAUCACAAUUUGGAGUUUCCUGUUGGUGUUUGAAUAUAUUCCUGGACAACAUUUUCAGACAAUAGCAGCAUAGGGGUGGGUGCAAGAUGUCUUUUCCUUUCAGUCCACAGAAUUACUCAAAGCUACCCACAGCCUCCAUAAAUUACAUAAGAGGAAAUAUAUUUACUAUAAUGUUAUGCCAAAUAUAGAAAAUGAAAAAAAAAGUUUUACUGAGAAAUAUAACAAAAGACCAAAAUUGGUGGUGGGUAUAAAAGUCCACGAGACACUCAAAUCCUUAACAUAUUUCAGUAACUCUCCUCCAACAUUUGAUAUAAAAUGAGCUUAGUUCCAAGUAAAAUAGUUUUCUUUGUUUGACAUUCAGCACCAAUAUUACAGUAAGCAAAUUAUUUCCUCUUUAUUUGCAUAAUUUGAAGAGGCUUUGGGUGGGUUUGGGUAAUUCUAUGUAACCCUAACUUCGAGUUAUGUCAAGAACAUAUUUACAUGCAAUAUCUCUUUGUAGGCAUAGGUACAAUAUUCAUUUUUGUAAAUUAUGUAUAAUUUAAGUUAUUUCACACAUUUUGUAAACUAAACUGAUGCAGCCAACAUAUAAAUCUUGUAAUAAGAUCAAUACCCAGACUUUGGUAGUAAGGUACGCAACUUUACUACUAAAGUCUUAAAAUAGGAAAGUUGUAUCUUCCGAUACAAUUCAGUAAAUUCAUAUACAAUUCUGCCUAUUUACAUCCGGGAAUCUUCUUUUUCAUCAGUUGUGUAGAGCUUAUGCUACUCCUAUGACCUUUUGGAACUGAAAUGUAGAUUUGUUGAAAAGAGCUAAUCUUGACCUUGCUCUGCUAUUUGGAUCCUACUCCUUAUAUCUUGUUUUUUGGCCAAUAGAAGUCAAACAACUUCUCUCAUACUGUAGUUUAUAAAAAUCUAUCACAUGACUGCUCAUACUUGAUUGGCUGUCACACAGCUUUGCCACACCAACAUCUAAAAGGUUCACCGAGCUAUCUUUGAAUGCUACCUCCCACAUAAUUUUUGUUUUUUGUUUUUGACAGUUCAAAAGCCUCCUGACAAAACAAUAAUUCUAAAAUAUUUUUUCUAAGUUAUAACAAAAUGAAGCUUAGGGAAAAAAUAAAGUACAAAUUCCUAUUUACCAAACUUUCGGUGUGGCAAAUAUAGUAAAGAUAAACAAAUCUAGUUGCAAUAUUUUUGGUCUGUGUGCAUACAUAAAUUUGUGUAGGAGUAAUCAACCUUCCCUGUGAGCCCCUAUGGGGCCUGUCCCAGCAUGUUCUUCCACUUUCAAAGAAUGUAUUUCAUGCUAUUCAAUGUUGUCAUCAACCAUACUAACACAAGUACAGAGAGACACUUUUGCCAUUACAAAUAAUUUAAUUAUCAUUAAUAACAUAGACUAAAUAUGACUUUCCUACCUCAUAGUUGCUGAGGCUGUGGUAAGAUGAGGGGGUGACAUGUUUUCCUUACUAAGGUUAGGAAGGAAUCACUGCUCACCAAAGUUCAUCUAAUCAAGGCAACUUUACCCCCAUAGACCUCUGGUAGUCACACUCCCAACUAAACCUUUGCAGACUUUAAAUACAAUAACCCAAAUGUCUCGGCACUUAUUGGCACAGUCCGCACACUCCCUGGAAAUUUCGAGAGCAUUCUGAAUAUUGCAAAGUUUGAUCAUAAGUACAAUAAUACUUGACAGUACUGUACUAUACUGUCCUAGAUAAUGAAAUUUAACACGUGCCUUUUGUAAUUAUAUAUUACUGUAGGUAUAAAAAUAAACAAUAGCAAUAGUAUCACAUACUUUAAGAAAUGUUUAACAAGAACUGAAUAGCUCUAAAACACAAAAAUUGGUCAAAAUAUAUAAUGUACCACAAACUAAUUCAUGGUAUAAAAUAUUCCUUUGAGUAACUUUACAAACCACCUUAAGUUUGGGGUUCAUUAUGCUAAGUACAGUACUGGUAUAUAGCACAGAAUUUAUGAAAAAUGACUUAAGAAUAGCACUUAAAUUAAUGUAAUAACCAAUGAGUCUGCUUAUCUUUACAAUUACAUUUCAACAUGUAUAUUGUUAAUUUAACUGUUUAGCUGUGAUAAGGGAGAGCUGUCGAUGGCUGAAAAUACCCCUUAGAAUGCUAAAAUCGACCUCAGUCCAUUUGCCUUCAUUUAAAAAUCAUUAUAAUGUUUGACAAUGUUCUCUGACCUACAAAAGAAGCCCCCUGAACCCAAUGAAUGCUACUAGCGGUUGUCAGGAGAAUCAAGUACUGAACAGCAUAACUAUGCAGUGUAAAAAAUCUGCAAUUACGUUUCCUUCACGACUGACAUACCUUGCCUCUAAGUUUCCACCGAGACACAAGGAGAGGAAGCCAUUGUAAGGUGAGAGGAGAUAGUGAGGUGUAUGUGGAGAAAGUAAUGCAUGAAAAAAAGCUAAAGAAAACUCCCUGGAUAAAAGGAGAAGCAAAAGAAAAUAAACAGUAUGAAUUAAGAGUAAAAGAAAAAAAUACACUGAAGGUAAAGAGAGAACCAAAUUAGACAAUAGUAGAGCAGAUUGCCAAGUCAGAUCAUGCUAAGAAUGUGUGUACUGAGAAAGGCACGAGUUCACAGUAAUUAAGGCAAGACUAAGAUUCAUGUUGGGUAUGUUGUGCAUGAGAACCAAUUUAACAUGAUGGCAUCUACUGGUAGAGGCAGGAAAAAUUAUUUUGGAUGAAGACCAAGUUAUAUGACCUUAGGGGAGCAACUUCAUGUAAAUAAAUCAAUUUAAUAAAAUUUCAACUUGCCUUAGUGGAGCUUAGAUGUAUCUUGAUCACCCUCAGACUGGAAUGCUUUUCUCUGCCUUUCUCCACUAUACCAACAUACUCUGAACAAUCUCAUAACCUGGGUCAUUAGCAUCCUUCUAAUCAGUCUUCAAUAUCCUGCCUGUCAAAAUGCUAAAGUGCCUGUCUGGAAACAUUAUGGCACUAGCCAGAAAAUCCUUUAAAAGCUUAACUUCAUUAAUUGGACAACUCCUCCUCUCCCCUCGAACAUAUCGUAAUUUUUAAUGGAAUCAACCUAUCGGUAGAAAUUUAUAGGUUUUAGUAAAAAUUAAAGCAUCAUGUUAGUGAAGCUUUAACAUUGGCCUUGAUGGGUUAGGGAGGUUGAUUAGGUUUUAACAUUUCUAGUUAAAAACUACAAUUGCAUUUUAUUUUAGUGACAAAUUGUGAUGAAUUUGAAUGGUUAGGAUUUUCUCCAAGCAUUCUUUAAACUCUAAACAUUUUAAUGGAGAUGAAUUAUAAAUAUGGCCUCUUAUUUAAUAUCUUUAAAUUUUCAAGUUCUUUGUGCUCUGUCCUCAUGAGAAUUGAUACAUUUUCCUGACUAGUAAGCAAGCAAUAAACUUAAGUUGACAUGGGGUCAACUUGGUUAAUCAAUCGUCAAGUUUUUAUUGAGUUAGGGUAUUGUAAUUUGUUGUGCCAGUGGAUCAUGUUUCCUGGAAAACAAUCAACAUAGACCAGUGUUUGCUGAACCUAAAUACAGUGUUAAUGUCAGAAACUGAAAUAAAGAAUAAAGCCUUU